AUGUCUGAACAAGUUUUACAAGCUAAAGAAAAUAUGGAUAAUGCUCAAUUACUUUUGAAAUCUUACCCUCUUGAUCAAGAGUUGGCUAGAAGGGAGAGAGACUAUGUUACUGAGUAUGUUAGAUUGGAUAAGUAUGAGGAAUCUGUUCAUAAGCAACUGUCCAGGGUCAAAUGGUUAGAUUUGGGAGACGCAAACACUUCUUUCUUUCAUAAUUCUUUAAAAGAACGCAGGUCUAGAAAUAAUAUCUCAUUCUUUUAUGACAAUGCCAAUGUUAAGCUUACUGAAGAUAAGGGAGAUUUUUAUGGUGAUUUUCUGAAUUUAAGGUUCGAGGCUUGUGUUCAACAAGAAGAUGUAGCUGAUCUUAUUAAGCCUGUCACAAGGGAGGAAAUGGUUAUUGCUUUAAAUUCUAUUGGAUCUAGUAAGGCACCAAGCCGAGAUGGUUUCUCAAGCCAUUUUUUCAAGACUAGCUGGUCUAUUGUUGGUGAUGAGUUGGUUGCUGUUGUUCAAAAAAAAAUCACUAAAUCUAAGCUUCUAAAGGAACCUGAUAUCAUUGAUUGCACCUGGAUUUCUCCUGCCACUGAUGAAAUAAUGAUCAACACUGAUGUCUCUAAAUCUGAUGAUGGUGGGAGUUUUAGAGCCAUUCUUAGAGGUAAUAAUGCUGAGGUUUUGAGUGUUGCUAGUAGUGAGAUCUCACCUAUUUCAGUGUUGGCUCAUGAACUGCAGGGGGUGGAAUUGGGUCUAAAGAUGUUUAUCAAGAUUGAUCAACUCAGAGUUCACAUUGCAACUGAUUUCAUGGUUGUUUACAACUUGCUUACAAAUCCUGACCCAGAACUACCUUGGAGUGUUUUACAAAUCUGA